CCCUGCUCCCUCCGGGCUCUUGAGGAGCAGAACUUCCUCUUCCAGUUAGAGGCCCCGGAGCAGCCCCCCAACAGUGCCAAGGAGGGCCUGGAGGUUCCUCUCAUCGCAGUAGUCCAGUGGUCGACCCCCAAGCUCCCUUUCACCACCAGCAUCUACACUCACUACAGGCUGCCAAGCAUCCGCCUGGCCCGUCCCCGGUUCGUGAUGACGGCAGAGUGCCCUUCACCCGUCCCCCUCCAUCGCCGCUUCACCGUCACCUACACCCUCAUCAACAACCUGCAAGACUUCCUGGCCGUGCGCUUGGUGUGGACGCCAGAAAGCGCCGCUGCCAGCAAGAAGCUCUCCCAUGAGGAGCGGCGUGCCAUCCAGGACACCCAGGAGGCUAUCGUGUGCCACACGCCCCUGAACAACCUGGGCUUCUCCCGUAAAGGCAGCGCCCGCACUUUCUGUGUCACAUUCCAGGCCCUGCGUGCUGGUUUGUAUGAGCUCUCCCAGCACAUGAAGCUGAAGCUCCAGUUCACGGCCAGUGUCUCGAACCCACCCCCAGAGGCCCGGCCCGUCUCCCGCAAGAGCAGCCCUGGCAGCCCCGCUGUCAGAGAGCUGGUUGAACGGCACCAGGCCAGCUUGGGGCGCUCCCAGAGCUUCUCCCACCAGCAGCCGGCGCGGGGUCACCUCAUGAGGUCGGGCAGUGUCAUGGAGCGCCGAGCCAUCACUCCACCCGUGGGUUCCCCUGUGGGGCGCCCCCUUUACUUGCCCCCUGACAAGGCCACUCUUUCUCUUGACAAAAUUGCCAAACGGGAAUGCAAGGUGCUGGUCAUCGCCCCCGGCACAUGAUAGCUAGGGCUGAAGAAGCCCAAAUCCCCACCCUGGAAAGGAGGGUGCUGCUGCGUCCUGCUACCCUACGGCAGAACAUCCCGCUACUGAAACUCUCCUUUGCCGCUCCCAUCAUGUUGCCCUGCCCCCUGCUAUGCUCCCCCCUGCCAUGCCACUGUUUACUCAGAAAACCUCUCUGCUGCACCCAGAGCACACAGGGGGCCUCCCUCUGUGCCCCCCAUGUCUUCAAGCCAAGGCCCCCGCAAAACCACUCCCAGCUGCCAGCAGACUCUCUUGGCUGUGCCAGUGGUCAGUCCAUGGGUGCCAGUGCCAAGGCACAAAGGCCACCUGCUACUGCCCUGCAACCAUCUCAUAGACUGCUGUGCUGCCCCCUGCUGGUGGAGGGGCAGCUGAGCUGGAGGGGCACUCUGCUCUUCCUCCUUUCACACUGGAUUGAGCCACUUGGUUCUCAGAAGGGAAGGCAGGAUGGACAAGAUCCCUUCCGCCAGUGGGGCAAUGCUCUGGCCUCUGUCUGCUGCUGGGGAGGCUUUCAGCUUCAAGCCCCCACCUCAGACGCCAGGCGGCCUCCCUGCCACCCUUCCGCUCCAUCUGCCAUCUCAGGCCAAAGCGCCCUCCCAUUGCACUUUAUUUAAUGUUUUGUUAUUUAUGUGUAUUUUUAAAGUUUGCCUCAAGCAUCUCCAACUGUAUGUCUGUGUUUGUGAAUAAACGGCACUGGCUGA